CUUAAACAAUAAACAUUCAAUAAGUUUACCUGCAUGAAUAACUUUAAGUAGGUACCUUUAAAAUUGUACUUUACGAACUAAAGUGUAAUUCAAGGUAGUAGUCGGAAUCAUGUUAAAAACUCUAACCACGCCGAGUAGAACAAUAAAUUCACGUCGGUCCCAAUUUUCGGGUCCUGUUGCCAAUUAAAAUGAUUAACAAUCCACGUUACACUAACCAAUGAUAAAUAGCCUCGGGGAAACACGAUGUAUGUGGCGGCAAUUCAUCUUCACUGCUGGAUCCAAAUUAUUUGCCUUAAAGUUAUUUGUAAAUUAGGUACUUUGAAUAACUUUUGAUUAAAAUCGUUUUAGCGAAAUUGCACGGUGGACAAAUCCACUGACGAUAUCAUAUAUUGCGGUGCGAGUCAUUUGGUCGAAGGCCAUUUGGUCGAAGGUUUAGUGAUCGAAAAAAAUCGAUCGAAAUGUCAUGUGAUCGAAUCUUUUUUUGGUCGAAAAACAGAUAAUCGAAUAUUUUAUUAAUAUAGUCGAAAUAUUUUGUGGUCGAAGUAAAGAUAAUGAUUAUCUUUUCGCUUACUUUAUCUAGUAUUUUUAUAGAUGUACCUAUAGCCCAUAUGAAGGUAUAUCGUAUAGUAGGUACUUAGUGUGUAACGACUGUUCAACGUGUACGGCGUACCUACCAAUAGUGUUUAUCAUCUGUUCAAUAUACUUUGGUAUUUUAUACAUAUUUUUGCAACAACAGUUAAUUUUUUUUUAUUAUUUAUAAAUAUGAAUAUUGAUAUUGUACCUAGCAUCCAUGGAGGAAUAUUAUUAAGUAUAAAUAAUUUCAUAUAUAAAAAAAACAAAGAUUUAUUACGUAAAACUGACGGCAAACACGUAUUUUAUUGGAUUUGUGUUAAUAAAUGUGAUGCAAAAAUUCGAACUGUGGAGACAAAUGAAAAAAAACAUGAACUAGAUAAAAAUUCAACGUUUUUUCCGGAUCAACACUGUCAUGCUCCCGAUCCUAUAGGCUUGGAAAUCUAUCAGAAAUCUAUUAACGAGUGUACGACAAUUGUUGCUUCCCAUGUGAGUAAGAAUUCAGUUCAACAAUUAAGUAUUUAUAGAAAAAUUCAAAAUAUUGGGUUAUUGACGAAAUAUGCAAAUGAUCCUGAGUUCAAUUUUCUUGCUAGACAUUUACCUGCGAUGGCCUUUUUACCAGUUGAUAGGGUUCAGGAAGGUUGGGGCCAUAAUCAAACCAUUAUUUGGGUUAAUUUUAAAAUUUAA